GUCUCAGUGUCCGUUGUGACAGCGAGUGAGACAGAGUGUGCGCGCGCGGAGAAGGAGACUUGCAAGAGAGGGAGAGAGAGAGAGGAAGAAAGAGAGGGAGGGGGGGAAUAAAUAGAAAGCGAGAGGAGGUCGCAGGCUUCUUCCAACAUCAUCCAACCAGUCACAGAAGAACUCACAAUACUAUGGUAUGAUUAUCGACUCCUUGGAUAGUCCCAUCGUCUCCCAAGGAAACGUAUAGACCACUUCGCAGGCACCUGAGCCAGCCCUUCCUCGUCCCUCUUAGCAGGCACCUGAGCCAGCCCUUCCUCAUCCCUCUUAGCAGGCACCUGAGCCAGCCUUCCUCGUCCCUCUUAGCAGCACCUGAGCCAGCCCUUCCUCGUCCCUCUUAGCAGGCACCUGAGCCAGCCCUUCCUCGUCCCUCUUACCCGGGGAGAAACCGGAGUUGCCUCGCUCUGCCUUCGCCUCUUUCGCCUCAGUCGAGCAGAGUUCCCUUCACCGAAGACUCUGCGUCGACGCUCACCUUCGAGAAGCUUACCUGUACGGAGAGUGUGUGAAACCUAAAGAGCGACAAUGAGUUUCUUCGCCAACUUUGUGCCUUUGGCUCCACUCACGGACGAGGAAAUCCUCGGCACAAGAGUCAGUAUGAAAGAAGAGCUCAAUGUUGAUGACACCGAAGAGUCCUGUCUGGAAAUUAAGGAGGAAACACUGGAUUAUGCAGAUGAAUUGAGGGAUGAAAUGAGCGACGUGAAAGAGCUAAAAGCACCUUAUGUGACUGAGAGUUGUGGGAACAAGUGUUCAUCAGAUGGGGAUCAGGCAGCGCAGAACGAAAGUCUUAAGGAUAAACAUCUAAAAGUGGAAACCACAUUGAAACGUCUUGUAUGUGAGGUGUGUGGCAAGAAAUUCUCUAGAGAGAGUAAAAUUAUUAUUCAUAUGAGAGUUCACACAAAGGAAAAACCAUACAGCUGUGACAUUUGCAACAAGGCAUUCUCUCAGAAAUAUAAUCUCGUCAACCAUAUCAGAGUACAUACAAAGGAGAGACCAUACAUUUGUAAGAUUUGCAACAAGGCUUUUUCUCAGAAAUUUAAUCUUGAAAAGCAUAUCAGAGUACAUACAAGGGAGAAGCCAUACAUUUGUGAAAUUUGUAAUAAAGCCUUCGCUAUUAAAGGCCAUCUAGUUGAUCAUAUUAGAGUACAUACAAGGGAAAAGCCAUUCAUCUGUAAUGUUUGCAACAAGGGCUUUUCCAAAAAAGUUAAUCUAAUGAAACACAUGAGAGUUCAUACAAAGGAAAAGCCAUACAUCUGUAAUAUUUGUAACAAGGUCUUCUCAGAAAAUGGUAGUUUAGUGAAACACAUGAGAGUACAUACAAAGGAGAAGCCAUACACCUGUGAUAUUUGCAACAAGGCCUUCUCAGUGAAAUUUAGUCUGGUGACACACAUGAGAUUACAUACAAAAGAAAAACCAUACACCUGUGAUGUUUGCGACAAGGCCUUCUCACAAAGAUCUAUUCUUGUGAGACACAAGAAAGUACAUACGAAGGAAAAGCCAUACAUAUGGACUCUCUCUCUUGUCCGAAAUGCCACGUCCUCUCGGCGUGAUAUAUCGGAUUGUAGUGUUUUCCCUCUUGCAAACUACAACGUGGGUCUUGCAGAGCGCAAUUCAGGCAGGGGAGCUGCUUUAAAAGUGGUAGCAGGUCUCAAGAAAUACAUCAAGGAGGAGGCGACCGGUGAGGCCGGGCGCCCCGCGAACCAGACACUGCUACAAGCGAACCACCCAAGAGAGUGGCUGCCGAAGACUCCCACAGAUGGUGCUGAACCAAGAAGGAUAAUGAACUUCCUCGGCGAUUUUAUUCUUUUGGCUCCACCCAUGGACAAGGAAAUACUUGGCACAAGAGUCAAUAUCAAAGAAGAGCUCAAUGCUGAUGUGACCGAAAAGACCUGUCUGGAAAUUAAGGAGGAACCACUUGGUUAUGCAGAUGAAGCGAUGGAUGAAAGGAGCGACGUGAUAGUGAAACAUGGAUGGCUCUCCUUUCACAUUCUUCAUGGCCAAAAACAUGAAGGAAAUGAAAAUGACUCAUGUGUUUUCUUUCAGGAUCGUCAACACUUAUUGAGAGCGCCGUUUGUGGCUGAGAACUGUGGGAACAAGUGUCAAAAUCAAAUCUUUCGUCAUAUGGUAGUUCACACAAAGGUAGAGCCAUGCAUUUGUAGUGUUUGCAACAAGGCUUUCUCUAAAAGGUCUAGUCUGAUGACACACAUGAGAGUUCAUACAAAGGAGAAGCCAUUCAUCUGUGAUGUUUGCAACAAAGUCUUCUAUCGCGUAGACCAUUUAGUCCGCCAUGUCAGAGUACAUACAAAGGAAAAGCCAUUCAUCUGUGAGGUUUGCAACAAGGCUUUCUCUCAGAAAUUUAAUCUUCUCAAGUAUUACAGAGUUCAUAUAAAGGCUAAGCCAUACUUUUGUGAGAUUUGCAACAAGGUCUUCUCUACAGAAAGUGGUCUGAUUAAGCAUAAUAGAGUACAGACAAAGGAAAAGCCGCACAUCUGUGAUGUUUGCAACAAAGGCUUCUCUCGUAAAGGUCAUCUAGUUAAGCAUGGCAGAGUGCAUACAAGAGAAAGGCCAUUCUUCUGUGAUGUUUGCAACAAGGCCUUCUCAGAAAAAGUAGUCUCAUGACCCACAUUAGAGUUCAUACAAAGGAGAAGCCAUUCAUCUGUGAUGUUUGCAACAAAGUCUUCUAUCGCAGAGGCCAUUUAGUCCGCCA